AUGGCCACCAUGACACUUUGCUCUAAGCCCGUCAACAAGUCCGAGGACUCCCGGGUAGACUUUGGUGCAGAACUCACUGGCUUCAAUGUUGAAACAAUGACGGAUGAGGACUUCGAUUUCCUCCGUCGCACUUUGUAUGAAAAUCAAGUUGUGGUGCUCAAGGGCCAGGCAGGGCUCUCCCCUCAGGCUCAAUACGAACUCACUCGACGGUUCGACCCAUCCGCUGGCAUCUACAGCCAUGGCAAAUCGAUCGAUAAGCGCAGCGUUCUUCACGCUGAUCUGACCACAAUUCCUCAUCAGCCCCAGGUCCAAGUCAUUGGUAGUGGUCAUGUUAAAGAAUACGAAGGAUUAAAGGACAUUCGCCUGAGACACCCACACCACAAGACAUUUCAUAAGGAUCCCAUCUCACCAGAAGAAGAUCAUGACUUUACACACUUCUAUCGCUGGCACAUCGAUUCAGCCAUGUACAAUCUGGACCCUCCGCUCGUGACCACACUACUAGCCGUCCAGGUUCCUCGGGGCCGUCGCCAAACCUGUCGAUACGAUGAUGGUACAGAUACCACACUCGAUGUUCCUUUAGGCACAACAGCCUUCUUCAGUGGAUACCGACUGUACGAUAUGUUGUCUGAGGAAGAAAAGCACUUCGUCCGCACAAGCAAAGUGGAAUACGCACCUCACCCAUACAUCUGGAUGAGCAAAGCCAAGUCCCGCUCUAAUGGUCUGGGUAUUGUCUCAGAAGGACUGGAACUCGCAGAGGAUGAGCUGCCUCCAUUUGAAACCUCCAAGGUCAAGAUUUACCCUAUGACUUGGAAGAAUCCUGUUACAGGGAAACUUGCCAUGAUGGUUUACCCAACGUGCGUGCGGAAGAUCCAUCUGGAAACUGGGGAGGUGCUUGAUAGCCUGGUCGAUAUCCGCGAGCGACUCUACAAGCUGCAACGACGGGCUAUUGACCCUUGCUAUUUGUAUACUCAUGAUUGGGAAGAGGGGGAUCUGGUGCUUUUCAAUAACCAUGGUGUUAUGCAUUCCAUUGUUGGGUCUUUUGAGGAGGAUGAAGUACGGGUGUUUAGACAGUGUAAUAUGGCAGCUAGUCGGCCCCCUUUGGGACCGGAUGAAGCAUAG